AGUUAGUUAUUUAAUGGUUACAAAUACAUCCUUGUAACUUUAGCAUUGAAGCGCUGCUAAAAACACACAUUAUGGAAAUCACCAGAGGCACUUUAGAUGACAUUUCCCGACCUGCGUCGAGCGAACAAAAAGCUAGCCGCGUGUCCAGCGUAUCAUUACCUCAAAGUGACAGAAUUUGUCCUACAGCUCCAUUUUCCCUUGUUGUUUUGCCCAGCGAUGCUCCUGAUGCUCAGAUUCCGAACAGCUCUGAAGAGUCUACAGGCCACUCAUCAGUCACAUGUCCUGGCAAAGAUCAGUCUCACGCUGAUGCUUCCGAGGGACAGAAUGAACAUUUUAAACUGCAGAGAGCUAUUGAAGAAAUUAAAAGACUCGAUGAGAUACUGUCUGCAAAAAUCUUCAAACUAAAAGAAGUCCGGCGACAAAGAAAGGAGUUUCAAGCAAAACUCUGGCAAGAGUUCAAGCAGAAUAAACCUGGAGGUCACUCUGGAUGUGCUCAGGAAGCUUUGAACACAAGGUUGUUUUUGGCUUUGGAAGUACCCGAAGGAACAGAUGAGGACAACAACGUUAUACCUGUGUUUGACACUCAGAUUCCUGAACAUGAGCAGAAUGGAAACAACCAGCACUCGGAGCCAAGUAACCAGAGGCCAGACAGCUUGAUCAGAUCAUUUGAAGAAGAUUAUGAAGACACUAGGGAAGACCAAUUUGAACGCAGCCACUCUGGAGAUUCCAAAGGCAUGAAUAAACAGAAGGACUUUGUCAAGAAAAACAUUGAGCUUGUAAAUGGCGGAGGAGGUGAAGUGCUUUUGACCCAGGCAGAAAAAAGGCGUCUGGCUGAGCUCCUCCGAGAAAUAGAUGAAGAGGAAGACGUCCCUGCCAGAGGCGCAGACAGCAAGGAGACCAUGUGGGCCGUGUCUGUCCCCACAGUCCAGGGUUACACCCCGGAGCCCUCUGACCUGGAGCAGCUGAUUGACAUUGACUCCAAAAUUGGCCUUCUCCUUCCUGUGGAAGAAUUUCACUCUGUGCACAGCUCAUACACCAACGUAACCAUGUCACAGGGCCUUGGCUCGGAGGUUAGUUGGAAGUGCGAUGGGGACCCGCAGCCAGGAGAGAAGGUCCUGCAGGAUAUAAAGGAGAGGAGAGGGCAGGAGAGGCGGCUCCAAGAGAUCCAACGGCAGCUGGAGCUCCUGGGUCAAAGCCAAGAGAUGACUAAUGAGUCUCCGGACCUGACGGACGAACAGUUACUUUGCCUGAUGGAUGGAUGUGAGCUGGCAAAAAGUUCGAGCCAGGACCUUGAAAUGAAUGACUCAACAUAAAGACCUGAAAAAAUGAUUUGACUGCUACCAGACGGGAUCAUUUCUGGGACUUAUUAAUGAUUUUAUGUGGUUAGACUUUGGCAUUAGAUCUCUGAUGAUAGAACAGUCUCUUCAUUUAUAGACUUACAAAAUUAAAGCUACCUAGGGGAAGUCGUGUGCGCUUGUUUGUGAUAUUAAGACAUCCCUGGCCUGUGAGGAUGAGGACGCUGGGCUUCUGGGGUGUCUUGAAAUGAUACUUCUAAGGUUUGGGCUUGUUGCAGCAGAACACAUGGAUGCUUGAUGGGAUUAAGUGCAGGGAGUUUGAAGAUCGGGUCAAUGCCUUGGGCUCUUGGUCAUAUUCCUUGAUGUGUUCUCGAGCAUUGUUUUGCAUUGUUGCAGGGUGCACUGUCCUGCUGGCGCAAGGUGGUGCCGACCAUCAGUGCAAGUUUCCACGAAAAGUGGGAUACCUUUCAUGGAAAAUCCAGAGAUUUUAAAUGUUGUCUUGUAAUGAAGUCUUCAAUGAUAUCCACAUCUCCUGUCCAUUGUUUUAAUAUUGCAGCUGAUCAGUGUAUAGCAGCAUAAACUGAUGGAUAUUUUAUAUUCAAUGUGUUAAAAGUGGAAAAAUUAUAGUCAUCAAAUUUGGUUACUUUAGGAUGGGAACUGUUUUGUUUUUUUUGUUUGGGUUUUUUUAAUCCUAAUUGGUCUGCAUGUUUUGAACAUGUAGCUCGAUUAUAACACUGCUUCUAUUUGUGUUUAUAUGUCUGCAUGAGGAAACAGAGCAGCAGGGCCAUGCUUUCUAUUAACCAAAGUAUCAUAGAUCAGAACAGAAAAUUGCUGUCAUUAAAUCUAAUAACCGGGUGCUGUAGCCGCAGAAUGUUCUAAUGCACACAUAAACAUCAGCUUAUAGCAGCGUGUCUGUGGGGGUGAACUCUGAGCGCUGCCGUGCAUUAAAGCUUUUUCCGACAAAAUAUAGAACGUCUGUGUUAGUAAUGUGUGGUCAGACAUCCAGCGUUGCUGCUAAUGAGAAGGGAGGAUGUGUGCUCUACGGUGGUGAUAGUCGGCUGUAGCUCAGCUCCAAGCAUUCCGCUCAUUCCUGGCUCUGUAGGUGAUCUCCUCCAGAGCGGAUGGGUUAGCGAGAUCCUCUGAAAUGGGACCCUGUGUGACCUCUUUCGAGCUCAGUUGUCAUUUACAUAAGUGGUUCACCCUGACAAAAGAUUGGCAGCUUUAAGAAUGACGAGUUUUGGUUUGUUUGAGAGACCUCUGGAAGCCCUUGACGUUGUUCCUUUUUUGCUCCGUGCAUGCAAAAUCUUAGGAGCUAAUCCACACCCGGUUCAACCUCAGCCCAGAGGCCCUGCCUUUUUACUCCCCUUGCACUGGACACCUAUAGGCCUGUUCAUCUCACUCUUCACCUUACCCCCGCAUUCUGACCUCGUCUAAACGGCAGGAAUUAUCUCACAUUCCUCUACACUGGAAUCAGCCAGGUGAACCUCCAAGGACACUUUCCAAACACGGUGAACUCUGCGUCACUGUU